CGCACACACACACACACAAACACACACAAUCACACACACACACACACACACACACACACACACACACACCGGCAAUCUCACCAGUCUUGCUGCUGGUCCCCGUCCAGUUCUCUGCUCCUCUGUUGCUUGUUCUCAUGACUUCUCUCCGAGACAAACACUCUGUGCAGUGGGACACAAAGCACCAGGGGCCAGUGGAUUAGUGACCUGUUGUUGCUGCUGCUGCUGCCGAGCGACUGCUGAAGCCUGUUGUUUCUGCACUGAAGCUGUUGUUUUAACUGGACUUUGAUGAGGAUUCUGUUUGUGUCUUGUGUGGGAUGAUGGCUCAGGCAGUACCCAUCAUUCUAAUAUUUGGCAUAAUCCUGAAUAUCAGCUGGGUUGCUGCCAUUGAACUGCGGUUUAUGCCUGAUCCACCGACACUUAACCUCUAUGGCACUCACAGGAUGAACAAAUCGGACAACCUGGAGCUAACAUGCAGGGGUCGCCAGCACCUGAGGUGGUCAACUCCUCCGACAAGCACCCGCUUCUCCAUCAGUGAGUGCAGCGGGUCAGGACUCUUCUGCACAACGCUGAGGCUCUCCAACGCAACGGUCAAUGAAACUGGACAGUACCAGUGUUCCUACAGAGGCAUGAAAGUUGAAGAUGGCAAGACUUCAGCUGCAGCUUAUGUGUUUGUCCACGAUCACAAGAUGCCGUUUGUCCCAUCUGCGAGUGAAUAUGAAGUCGUGUUCAUCCAUGAAGGAGAGCGGGUGGUGAUACCGUGCCGAGGCUCCUUGGAGAACCUGAACGUUUCGCUCCACACUAAGUAUCCAGAUAAGGAGCUUCAUCCAGAUGGGAGGGAUUCUGUGUGGGACGCCAAGACGGGUUUCACUCUGCCCAGUUACCUGAUCAGUUAUGCUGGAGUCGUGUUCUGUCAGACCCGCAUUGGAAAUGAGACGUUCAAGUCCCCCCUCUACAUCGUGGCUGUUGUUGGAUACAAGAUCUAUGACCUCACCCUGACCCCGCAGCAAGUGAGGCUGUCUGCGGGGGAGCGGCUGGUGCUCUGCUGCAUGGCCCACACCGAGCUCAACGUGGGCCUCGAGUUCAACUGGACUCACUCUGGUCAGGCCCUGAACUCAGUGAAUGGUUCAAAGCUGACCCACACCACUCCGCACAAGAAGAAGCUGUGGAACUCUCUGGAGCUGUCCAACACUCUCAUAGUGGAGAAUGUGACAGUGGAUCACAGUGGAGAGUACACCUGCACAGCAUCCAGUGGGAAGAUGGAAGAAAGAGCCUCAACAGUGCUCCAAGUGUAUGAAAAGCCUUUCAUUGAUAUGAAGGAGCCAUGGAUGGAGGUCUGGGAGGUAAAUUUAGGAGAUCCAAAUACACAGAUCCCUGUGAAGUACUCAGCUUAUCCAGAGCCCUUAUUUAAAUGGUUAAAAAAUGGCCUGCCACUGAAAGAUGGCUUCAGAAUAAAACAGAGGAGCGAUGCCCUCGUCAUCCGUGGUCUCCAAGAGACGGACGAAGGAAAUUACACGAUGGUCCUGACCAACAAGAUUACUAAAGAGGAGCAGAGACGCUCCUUCCAGCUGCUGGUCAAUGUUCCACCUCGUAUCAUUGAGAAGGAGGUGGCAGUGGACACGGACGUGUACCCAUACGGCAGCAGCCCCACCCUGAGGUGCACCGCUCGUGGAUUUCCCGUACCUGCCCAGAUCCAGUGGCAGUGGAUUUCCAAAGAGGACUGUCCAGAGGUUUUUAUGUCAGGCCUGGUGAAGUCUGAGACUCAGCUGAAGGAGUGUUCCGGCUGGAGAGAUAUCAGCAACAGCACCGGUCCCAACUCGAUAGAACGAAUUAUGACCGACACCGAUCCUGCUCAAAAGAAAACCGUGAGCUCCUUGAAGAUUCGGAAAUCUGAGGCCCACGCCCUCUACAGAUGCAUGGCUGUCAACAAAAUAGCAACGGACUCACGCAUCAUCUUCUUUCACGUGACACGUGGACUUGGGGUCAGUGUGUCACCCUCCAAUGAGCCCUUGGAGGAAGACCAUGUGGUUUUGAGGUGUAAGGCUGACAGGCUGAUAUAUGGUAACCUUGCCUGGUUCCGUGUGACAAACAUCUCAGAGUCGGGGGUGGUGCCGUCGGUGCGGCCCUGUUGCUCCCUGCGGCUGCAGCCGAGGCCCCUGUCGCGGGCCGUGCAGUCCAGCCAGCAGGGCACCAAUGUUACGCUGGAGCUGCUGCUGCCCAACGCGUCCCGACAGGAUGAGGGUCUGUAUGCCUGCCAGGUGGAGAACAUCAAGACUGGGGAGAGAACCUGCCUGCUGCGCCGUCUCUCACUUAGAGCUCUCGAGGCACCGAGGAUCCUCAAUAAUUUAACCGACCAAAAAGUCAACGUCAGUGCAACGAUCACUCUCCUGUGUGAUGCUGCUGGGAUACCAAACCCGUCGGUGCUGUGGACCAAAAACAACCACACUGUGGUGGAGGGCUCAGGUGUGAUUCUGAGCCAGAACAACCAUGUGUUGACCAUUCAGCGUGUGAAGAAGGAGGACAGUGGUCUGUACAGCUGCACCGCAUGCAACAGCCUCGGCUGUGACACGUCACAGGCCGUUCUGACAACUGAAGGAGUCGAGGAAAAGACCAACGUGGAACUGAUUGUUCCAAUCGGGUCGGUGGUCAUUGCCAUGUUUUUCUGGUUACUGAUCGUCUUUGUCAUCCGCGGAAGAAAAAGACCAAAUGGUGGGGAUCUGAAGCCGGGAUACCUGUCCAUGAUCCUGGACUCCGAGGACAUGCCCAUGGACGAGCAGUGUGAGAGGCUCACGUACGAUGCUAACAAAUGGGAGUUUCCUCGCGACAGACUGAAGCUGGGUGAACCACUGGGACGAGGAGCGUUUGGUCAGGUGGUGGAAGCAGCCGCCUUUGGCAUCGAGAAAGCUACUACAUGCACCACUGUCGCAGUCAAGAUGCUGAAGGAGGGAGCCACAUCGAGUGAGUAUCACGCCUUGAUGUCAGAGCUGAAAAUCCUCAUUCACAUUGGACAUCACCUCAAUGUCGUCAACCUGCUGGGAGCAUGCACGAAGCCCGGGGGGCCAAUGAUGGUGAUUGUAGAAUACUGUAAACAUGGAAACCUGUCCAGCUACCUGAAGAGCAAGCGUGGCGAGUACAGCCCAUACAAGAGGAGGCGGCUGGACAGCCAGCGGUGGGCUUCUGCGGAGGAGGAUGUAGCCGAAGGCGAUCUGGGUCUGGGUAAGAUUGCUCAGCUGGACAUCUGCACGGGCACAGCGGUCUGCUCCACAGUUGGAGACAGCAUGGACCCUCAGGAAGAUGAGAGCUCAGAUGAAGACCAUCUGACCAUGGAGGACCUGAUAAGAUACAGCUUCCAGGUGGCCAAAGGCAUGGAGUUUCUUGCCUCCCGCAAGUGUAUCCACAGAGAUCUAGCAGCCAGAAACAUCCUGCUCUCCGAGAACAACGUGGUGAAGAUCUGCGACUUUGGCCUCGCUAGAGAUGUGUACAAAGACCCUGACUAUGUCCGCAAAGGAGACGCACGUCUCCCUCUGAAGUGGAUGGCUCCUGAGACCAUAUUUGACCGAGUGUACACCACACAAAGUGAUGUUUGGUCCUUUGGGGUCCUUCUCUGGGAGAUCUUUUCUUUGGGGGCGUCUCCCUAUCCGGGUGUUUGCAUCGACGAGUCAUUCUGCAGACGUCUCAAAGAAGGAACAAGGAUGAGACCACCAGAAUACGCCACAACUGAGAUAUACCAGACCAUGUUGGACUGCUGGCUGGCUCGUCCUACAGACAGGCCCACGUUUGCAGAAAUGGUUGAACAUAUGGGCAACCUGCUACAAGCCAGUGCUCAACAGGAUGGGAAGGACUACAUCCCUCUGACAGCAGGUGAGGCAGAGGGGUCUCCCGUGACCCCUGACCCCAGGAACCCUUACAGCAGACCUCAAAGUGGGGAAAUCCAAGAUGCUCAGCUCCACUAUGACAACCCGCGGUCCCUCGGACUGUCCCAGAAGAGUGAGAGGUGCAGUCGACCCCUCAGCGUGAAGACGUUCGAUGACAUCCCUGUGGCGCACAGCAGCGUCAUGGAGGGUCACACAGACAGUGGUGUGGGCUUCUCACAAGAGGAGGUGAAGGGUUUGAAUCAACGGCUGCAAACCAACUUCAGCCAGAUGAUGCGCUGUAAGAGUAAAGAGUCCCUUGCCUCUGAAUCAUCCAAUCAGACGAGCGGAUACCAGUCAGGGUACCACUCUGACGACACCGACACCCCGAUCUAUGCUAACGAGGAGGCGAUCAUGAAGCAUAACAUGCUGAAGAAGCCUCCGCUGCCCAAGACGCCCGAGAAGUUCAACGCUGAGAUCCGCUACAGCACGCCGCCUGUCUGACCCCGAAUGCCCCCGGCCCCAGUUACCCAUUAUCCUGAGUCUUUUCACUGUAAAGUACUUGUUUACCUUCCACAGUUUUUUUUCCUUUAGGAACAAUGACAACACAUGCAAUAGAGCUCUUUUCACCAUGGCACUGACGUGUUUUUGCUGGAGAUGUCGAAGAUAACUAAGUCACCGGAGAAACAUGAAGGUUGUGUGAUAACGUUGUAAGGGCAGCGCUGCUCGGAGCCGGAGGAAUGCUAUCGUGUUUACACAGCGGGUAAAAGGUCUGAGCAGUCCCGGGGGACACGCCCACUUCCUGAGGCCAAAUCCACCCACUUCCUCUACUGCAGGAAAUGGCAUCUGGAUUUUUUGCGAUAAUUGAAUCAGCAAAUGUUUUCUUUUUUUAUUCUCUUCUUUUCCUGUUGUGUUGGCACAGUAAAUGACUGACGGGGAGGCAGUUCUCUCAGCUAAGUCUGACUCACAUUUGUACAGUUUGUCUCAUAUACCUGACAGUAUUUUAUUGAAAGUGUAUGGCUAAAUCUGCAAUAAAUGUAACUAGUUUUAUAAAAUAAAAAUACUUACUGAUUAAGACGCUA